AACAAUGUACAAGGUUUGUAACUCACAGGACACCAUCCUGACGUCACACCCAAACAAGAAGUGUUCCCUGCUGGGAAGAGUUUAUGGAGUAAAUGUCAAUUUUUAAGUCGUUAACAUGUCGCAAGAUCCGUGGUUACAGAAUUAUGAUGCCACAUGUCGCCUGGCCCAAGAGAUUGCCGAGAACAUCCAUGAAAGAAACAGACAACAGAGAACUGGAGGGAAUCCUGCAAAGAUCAACAUGACGCUUCGCGCGUCGCUACAGAAGCUGAAACAGAACAUCGGUCAGCUCAGGGAGAGUCUGCUUCGGGCCUCGUCUUCCCGACGCAUAAUGCAGUCGGAAGCUGACCGGAGGCAGAACCUUGUGGAUGACUUGGUCACUAGGGACAAGCAACUCAACGCUACAUUCAAGGGUGAAGUCACAGAGUCCGACCCUUCCAGGUCGACCUUGAUGGCGGGGGCAGGAGUACGUGGCACGGCCAACCCCUGGCUGAUCGAUGAACCGGAGGAGACCAGGGGGCUGGGCUUUGGCGAGAUUAAACAGCAGCAGCAGCGCAUCAUAGAAGUGCAGGAUGCUGGGUUGGAAGCUUUAGCCAACGUCAUCGGCCGACAGAAGCUGAUGGGCCAGGAGAUUGGCAAAGAGCUGGACGAGCAGAACGAAAUAAUCGACGACCUCGCGCACCUGGUGGACAAGACGGACGACCGGGUCCGCGGCGAGACGCGAAGGGUUAAGCUGGUGGAGACCAAGUCGGCGUCCUGCGGAAUGCAGGUGGUGAUCGUGCUCCUCCUCAUUGCCAUCGUGGUGAUCGCCGCGUGGCCCACCUAAUCCCGAGGAGGCUGAGGGGAGCGUCUGAAUGACCACCGAGCCUGCGUUGAGAGCCUAUGGGGGAUAGGAGGCGCAGAGGCGCUUGUGUGGGUGCCCGUCAGGCACGCUGAUUUAAGGUCAGGUUUGUCUUCAGGAUCACAGUGAAUAACAUCGGACGGACGAGGCAGACCUGAUUCUGGAUCAGCGGUUCGCCUUUGAGACGCUGUGCCCUCUUUCGUGCCCUCUCACACCACUCUUCUGUCCUGUUAACACACACAUUCUUCCCGUCUUCCUUUCUUCUCCCUCCCUGUACAUUUCCUUACCCUGGUAUGAAAACAUACACUGUACUCCACUGUUAACCUCUGCCAUAUUUUCUUAAGUGGGUGUUGGUUGGGUAGCUAGCAGCACUGACCUCGCAGUAGGACCUCCCAUUGGGGGUCUAUUCCUUUCAUAAUUAUUUCAGCGGGCUGAGGCAUAACGACCGGUCCAGCUCGCUAAUUCCACAAGCUUUGCAACACUCACACACGUAUCAUUACGAUAUUUACCUGCCAGCAGUUCUAAUGUUAUCAUUUGUCUUGGGAUUUUAUAAUGUUUAUAGAAUAACGCCAGCCAGACUAAAUAACACAAACUACUGGGAGGCUUUUAAACACAACUGGUUUUCCUUUCUCGUUGUAAAUCUAUUCAGCUCGACGUGACAUUGUAAUUUGUAAUAAAUGACAUUUCCAGUUAACAGCACAGUCCGUGGACUCCUUGUUGUAAAUAAUUGUAUUAUUGGUAUUAAACUCUCCAGACUCACAUCCAACCCGCUGUCGUGUUAUCUGAUAUUGGCAAUGUAGCAGGAAUAAUGUAUGCAACGCAUGUGUCUGUGGGAUAAUGCAUGUCUGCAUGUGUCGGUGCCUGUUACAAGGAAAGCUGUCCCAGUAUUGGUCUGAGCAUGGUGGUCCAAGACUAUUACGUCUACAGCCAGCACUGCCCAAAGUCAUAGACGGAGCUGUUGAUUGAAAUGUGUGUGCAACGUCCAAGACUACAGCUUCAGAGAUCCAAAGCAGACAUUGAGCAUUUCAUUAAGCAGUGAUUUAAGACCGAAGAGGGAAAGACAGAAGGCACACCGAUGGCGUCUUAAGAAGAGUUUUAUUUCAACUGAAUUCUGGAUUUAGUUCUACCAGCUUGGUGUUCAGUAGUUAUCAUUUGCUUCUUUUAAAAUCACAACCAUCUAAACAACCACAAACAAGUAAAAAAAAAAAAAAAAA